AUGUUUCUUGUUUUGUCGACUUCCCUGGGAGCCCGAGAUGGGCCCGCCGUCCUCUCCACCUACAAGAACUUUGCCGUGGACGGAUGCUUCACGUUCGUAUCGCAUUUAUCACAUGCUCGGAUUGAUGUCGAUUCAGACAUUAGGCCCACGACAUUAUCUUUCGAGCUGGGCACGAGUGCGGACAUGACCGUUGAGACAUGCAUCGACAGCUGCAUUUCGGCCGGCUACAUCAGGGCGGGGCUCGUAGCGGGGUCCCAGUGCUGGUGCGGCAAUGUCAUAAAGCCCGGAAACAUCGCCGUCAGCAAUAGCUCGUGUUCAACAUCCUGUCCAGGCAAUACAUCUGUAGUUUGUGGCGGGGUUAACGAUAUGUUGGAGUACUCCAUCAGGCCCCCCGUCAUCGCUCAGGAGGUUGGUUCCUUUGGUCAAUGGGAGUCCAGUUUUCGGGGAGACUUCAUCUGUCUUCCGGAUAUUCCCACUUUACGUUCGCUACAUCAUCUUCAAGAACGGUCGGAUUUUAUGACGGUUGAGCGAUGCCUGAAUGCUUGUGAUGCUGGGGGAUUCUCUCUUGCAGGCCUUGAAUUCGGAUCUGAGUGCUGGUGUGGAAACGCCGAUAUGUAUGGCCGCCCUCCAAUAUUUCCGUCAUCUAGCGCAUGCAACUUUCCUUGUGCCGGCAACCCAGCACAAGUUUGCGGAGGCUCCAACGCCCUCAACGAAUACGUUUUUCCCACCAGAUCCAUUAGCGUUGGACCACCUGCGCCAUUCAACUUCCCGUACAACGGGACUUGGAACUAUAGGGGCUGCCUCUCUGACGAGGCAUAUCUAUCUGGUGGACAACGUAUAUUGCCUUAUCAGCCAAGUAAUCCAAUCGGACCGGAAGAAAUGACACCGUUUCUUUGCAUGGAUAGAUGCAGUGCGGAUGGGUGGGUGUUUGCUGGAUUCGAAUUUAGUCAAGAAUGCUGGUGUGGAAACCUAACUCAAACGAUCAUCAAUGCCAAUUCCGUUCCGAAUUCGCAGUGUAAUAUGGCUUGCACCAAUUAUGCCGACUUUACUUGCGGAGGUUCCAAUCGUCUCGGAUUCGCUUCAAAAAAUUAA